GAAUUUGGCAUGACGGGCGGAUGGGGCAACCUGCCGUGGCACCUCUUGGAUGGCGUCAAGCGUUCCCUGGGGCCCCAUGGCUGGCAUUCCCUGCGCCUCCUCCGCGCCACGCGCCUGGUCAACCGCCACUGGUCUGCCUGGGCCACAGCGGCCACCACCUACCUGGAGCCCUCCCCCGGGGUGGUGAAGAACGAUGCCAGGAUGGCCGAGAUGGUGGUGGCCUUCCCGGCCGUGCGAGGCUUGCGCUACAGGUUCCGCCAGAAGAUCACAGAAAAGGACCUACUCCAGAUGGCGAUGUGGACUAGCCUGACCGAGUUGGACAUCGCCGGGUGCUGCCAUGGAGAAUGCCUGACGGAGGGCCUGCAGGCCCUGUCCAGGGUGACGUCGUUGGGCAAACUGGGGCUGGGCCACUGCUGUAGGGUCACCAGCGGCGGGCUGGAGGCCUUGGGAAACCUGGGGGCGCUCACAUGGCUGGACAUGGGCGCCUGCUGGGAGAUCACCAACAAGCGCCUGGGCGGCCUGACCUGCCUCAGCGCCCUGACCUGGCUGGAGCUGGGCUGCCUGGUCAAGAGCAGAAACCGCGUGGACAGCGUGGGCUUCAGCGCCCUGGAGGGUCUCACCAACCUCCAGCACCUCUCCUUUCAGGGGGCGUGCCUGAUGGACGCCGGCCUGGUGCACCUGGCCGGCCUGAGCCGCCUCAGGUCGCUGUGCCUGGUGGGGACGUGCGUGGCGGGCUGGGGCCUGGGUCAGUUGGACGGCUUGGGACAGUUGACGGCCCUGGACCUCAGCCAGUCGGCCGUCGGCGACAGGGGCCUUGCCUUCCUCACGGCCUUCAGAUCCCUCGCCCAAAUCGAACUGGAGGGGACGCUCGUGUCCGGGGAGGGCUUUCGCCACCUGGGCACCCUGACCUCGCUGAAAAAGGUGGGGCUGCGGGGGUGCCGGCCCGUCGGGCCAGCGGGCCUCAAGCACCUCGCCCAAACGUCCGGAAUAACCGACCUGGACCUUGGGGCCUGCAGGAGGGUGACGGACGAGGGCGCCAGGGUGCUGGCGGCCCUGACGGGCCUCCGCAGGCUCGACCUUGGAGGGACGCGGCUGACGGACGGGGGCCUGGGGGCCCUGUCGUCCUUAAGCUCCCUGCGGCACGUGAGCGUGCGCGGGUGUGGCGUGACGCCCGGGGGCGUGGGGGCCCUCAGGGCGGCGCUGCCGGGGCUGGAGGUGGCGGGACUGACGUUCAGGCUGUACCCCCGCGUGCGGAGGCUGGUGACGAGGUGCUUCGGGGCCGUGGACGGGGGGGACGCGCUUGGGCGGGCGUAG